CUUAUUAACAUGUCACGCAUUACGUUCUACGCACGUGCCCCUGCACUUUUGACUAGAAAGCCCCUAGCGUGAACCUGCCAACGCCCGCCGCAGAGACACAAAUAAAGAGGAUACGAUCUUGAAUGAGUAAAGAGGAUUCUAAAGCACAGCUAUGCAGACGAUCAAAUGUGUUGUGGUGGGGGAUGGAGCUGUGGGUAAAACCUGUCUGCUCAUCUCCUACACCACAAACAAGUUCCCCUCUGAAUACGUACCCACGGUGUUUGACAACUAUGCUGUAACUGUAAUGAUAGGAGGGGAGCCCUACACCCUGGGGUUGUUUGACACUGCAGGUCAGGAGGACUAUGACAGGUUACGGCCUCUGAGUUACCCCCAGACAGACGUCUUCCUCGUCUGUUUCUCCGUCGUAUCCCCCUCUUCCUUCGAAAACGUAAAAGAAAAGUGGGUUCCAGAGAUCACCCAUCACUGUCCAAAGACCCCGUUCCUGUUGGUGGGGACUCAGAUAGAUCUGCGAGACGACCCAUCCACCAUAGAGAAGCUGGCCAAGAACAAGCAGAAGCCCAUCACUCCUGAGACUGCAGAGAAACUGGCCAGAGACCUCAAGGCUGUCAAAUAUGUUGAGUGCUCAGCUCUCACGCAGCGAGGGCUGAAGAAUGUAUUUGAUGAAGCUAUCCUAGCCGCCCUAGAGCCACCAGAGACGCAAAGAAAGAGGAAGUGCUGUAUAUUCUAAAAUCCGUUCCUCCUUUCUCAAUUGUUUGCUGCUUACUUUUAGUUUAAACAUGUUUUACCCAACCAACCCAGAACCUCUUAAAGCAAUCCACUGUAUCAACUCUCCCGUUAUGACAGUGCUACUUUCUAUUGUGUCCCAUUGCUCUUCCUUCCCUUCUCUUUUUGUUUACUUGUCCUCAUGGGCCUUACUGUGCUUGAAGGACUGUUUUGGUUUGGUUAAUCCCAUCACUUAUCCUCCCUGGGCGAAUCUCAAAUGACAUCCUGUUACCAUAGUGGACAAAGUAGUGUACUUUCUGGGAGUUUGCAUGUGAUUUGAGAUACAGCCCAUGUCUCUUCUCCUUUGGUUAGUGUUUCUCCUCCCCAUGCUAUAUUAUUUGGAGAGUCCAGAGUUAAGGGAGUGUCUUAUUUACUUGGCUCCACAGCAUUGUGAUUUAAGCACCAAUUCUACAAGCCUCCAUGAUUCCUAAUGUUCAUGUGUUUUUUGUACUACUGCUGAUGUAUGACAAGCCUGCGGUCUGACCAUUUACAUUUAGGGCUGUGCCAGAGCAACAGAGUUUGGCCAUCACGGUUUCAACCAAGAAGCAUUACAACAAUGCUCUUUGAUAUCACGGCAGCCAUGUUGGAACCUUUUGGGCAGUACUGACCCAUGGCAGACCAUGGAUUUUAAAACUUUAAAACCAAACUUGCAAAGGCAACCAUUUAGAGCUAGAACCCAAAUAGUAGGGGUGUAAUGGUACAUGUAUUCAUACCUAACUGUUUGGCAUGGUAACCUCGGUUCGGUCCGCACUGUGAACCUGAAUGAAUAUAUAACGUAUAUUUACAAAAUAAAACACUAGGCCUAUAGGUUAUGUCUAUGCUACGUUGAAGGCAUAUGCCUCUUCAGGGCAUCUGGUAGGCGCAUUGGGCCAGUAACCGAAAGGUUGCUGGAUCUAAUCCCUGAGCUGACAAGGUAAAAAGAAAUCUAUUGUUCUGCCCCUGAGCAAGGCAGUUAUCCCAUUGUUCCCUGGGCGCAGAAGACUUGGAUGUCGAUUGAAUCAGAGCUGCGGAGGGCUGUCUCAGGUUAAAUGCGGAGGAUGCGUUGUUGUACAACUGACUAGGUAUGUCCCUUUCCCUUAAGUGAAUCUGAGCUGAGAAAACACUUCAGUCUUCCAUUAAAUUGACUAAAGCUGAUGCACGUGUUGUCAUCUAAAUUUGGCACAUUUCAAACUUUCCUUUUGUGAGGCACAGACGGGAACUAAUUGGGUACGAUGAGCACCCACUUCUCCCACAUGGUGACCUCUGUCACCUACUAUGGAAAUGACCUCUAACCGCAGUUAAAAACAUUUUUUAUAAAAGGCAAUCUAUUAAUGUGGUUUUUGACCUUCAUAAUCUGUUUACAAGCAUGAUAGCUGUACUUUUAGUUUAUGGUUGACACAGCUUAUUCGCCAUAAGCCAAUCGGCAUUUCUCAAUGAGUUCAAAUCACAUGUAUUUACGACAUCACAACUGGUAAAUUCCUACCUCCCACAUGGUUACAAAUGCAGCAUUAGUGGAAACGUGAAAAGCCCAACAAAACAAUCCAUAUCAAAUCGUAUUGGUCACAUACAUGUGUUUAGCAGAUGUUAUUGUGGGUGUAGAGAAAUGCUUGUCUUUCUAGCUCCGACAGUGCAGUAAUAUCUAACAAUCUCACAACAUAUACACAAUACACACAAAUCUAAAGAAAUUGAAUUAAGAAUGUAUAAAUGAUGACCAAUGUCCAGUCACAACAAACAAUGGAACAUUGAUUGCUGAACGCUGUGAAUGGCAUUUCAUUUUUUCCAUUGUACCGUGCCCCCCCCCCCUACUUUGUACCAAACUAUGGGUUUAAUGAACCGUUACACCCCUACCAAAUAGUCAUCCUGAAUGGAAUCCUCUAAGGCAGCACCAUGCCGUCCAGCUCUAAGAGGCCAAACUCUCUAUGUUCCACUCUGUAGUGCCAUUUGCUGCAGUUCAUAUCGAGCCAUCUUGGCAGUAAAAAUAAAUAAAAAGCUAAUAUAAUCGUGUGAAAUGAAUUGUGACAUGAAUUAAUAAAGGACAACUGAAAUUGCUAUCCUUUUUGUCCGCCUGUCUUUUCCUCCAUCUACGGGGACAGCUGGAUAGCAGCUCAAUCGUGCUGCGUCAUAUUGCUACAUAGGCUCCUAGACCAAUUUUGAAUAGAGCCCGAUCUCUGGGUAAAACAUGUCUUGCCAUAGUUUGUUUCUACAGGGUUCCUUGAGUUUCCUUAAACAGAGGGAUACAGGGGCUUCCUGCUCUACUCAUAGAGCUGUGUUGUACCACUCUCCCGUUACAUGGCAUGGCUUGAGGCCAUUCUUCCUAUCCUAAAGCUGCUCUACCAACGAACAGUGAGCGCAGAAACAUGCUGCUCCAACUAAUUACACGUUAAUCAGCAAAAGCCAAGGGAAGUUCCAGCUAACAGUAGGCUCUUUAGUGAUCUGGUGAAACUGUUUGAGUGGUCUGGCUUGGUGUAGUUGUUUAAUUUGACUUCCCUUCCCAGUGUGUGUGUGAGAUGCGGAAUGUGUCUCUUUGAGCCCGUGUUCUCUCGUACCUCCACUUUCUUGUUUGCCCAGACUUUUUGUUUUGAACGCUCCUCACUUUGAUAUGAAUGAAUUCAGGUUGAUCAUAUCCCCAACUGCUCUUGACUUCAUUUUCACCUCCGUCUGUGAAGAUGAAGUA